CCGCUGAGCCCCUCGCGAUCACCAUCAAUCCCCUCCUCGCUCCCUUCUCCCCCGCCGUGUCUUCUUCCUCUUGCCAAUUCGAUUUUUUCUCGCGAAAUCUCCCCUCGGCGUUUCUUUUUUUCUUUUUGGCUGCAGAGCAGAGAACCCGAGGCCGCGAGAGACUCCAAUCCUUGUCCCCCACGCAUCUCCCGCCUCGCCUCCGCCACACGUUCCGCGCCUCCACCCCAAGCCUCUCAAUUUUUCUUCCGGCUCCCUCCCCCUCCUCCUGCUCGUUAUCCUCUCGCUUUCUUCUCUUGUUGUCCACUGGUAGUAGUCCAAGGAGAGGCUCCAUGUGUGAGUGAGUCCGCUCCCCAUUACUCAGCAUCCGGAACAGAAAAGAGAUUUUGGCGCGACCAAGAAUCUAAUUCAUAUACCCAAAACUCUUCUCUUGUGUUCUCCGUCCGCGGAGAUCGAUUAUUCGGAGUUACUUUACUGCGAAGAUUGGGUAAUUUUGAGGUUUCUUCGCCGAAUUGGUCGGAAAAGACUGUUUUCGAGGGUUUCCUGGGUCAAUAUCGGAUCUUUUCUGAGGGUUUGUGGCGGACUUAGUUGCGAAAGUGAGAUGUCGGUGCUCGCCGAUCUGUUGCUGGGGAUCUUCCGGCAGCAGACCCUCGGCGGGGCUGCCCUGGAGCUCGCUGCUCGGGCCGCGCCGCUCUGGGUCGCCGCGCUCGUCGGCCUGCUCAUCGGCUGGGCGUGGCGCCCAAGGUGGGCGGGGGUCGUCGUCGGCGAGAACGGCCAGCAGGCGGCACACCUUCCUGCGCCGCCUCCGCCGUCGCGCGCCACAGCCGCCGCCGAGGUCUCUAGACGCGACACGGCGGCCGUCGUACCAAGAACUGAGGUGGCUGCCGCCGCGCCGCAGGAAGAGCAAUUGGCGGUGAACACCGGAGACUUGAUGCACCUCUGGCGGCUGGUCGAGGAGAAGGACGGUGCGCCGUCGUGGAUUCACAUGAUGGAGCGCACACUGCCAACGAUGAGGUACCAAGCCUGGCGGAGAGACCCAGAGAAUGGCCCGCCACAGUACCGCACCAGCACUAUCUUUGAGGACACAUCGCCAGAGGUUGUCAGGGAUUUCUUCUGGGAUGAUGAGUUUCGGAUUAAGAACGGUUGGGAUGAUAUGCUUCUUCAGCACGAGACAUUGGAGGAGUGCACCAAGACUGGAACAAUGGUUGUCCGGUGGGUCAGGAAGUUCCCGUUCUUCUGCAGUGACAGGGAGUAUAUCAUUGGUCGCAGAAUAUGGGCAAGUGGAAAGACGUUUUACUGUGUAACCAAGGGUGUGCCCCGUCCCUCUGUCCCAAGACACAACAAACCUCGUCGUGUGGACUUGUACUACUCUAGUUGGUGUGUCCGUCCAGUUGAAUCAAGAAAAGGUGAUGGUGCAAUGACAGCAUGUGAGGUGCUGUUGUUCCAUCAUGAAGAUAUGGGGAUUCCAUGGGAACUUGUGAAGCUUGGCGUCCGGCAGGGGAUGUGGGGCUGCAUCAAAAAGAUAGAGCCUGGCCUUCGGGCAUACCAAGUUGCAAGGACCGCUGGUGAGCCUCUUUCAAAAUGCACUGCCAUGGCACAUGUCACCACAAAGUUCAACGUCAAUGAGCUCAUCACAGAAGACAACACCGAGGCCAGUUCAACAAGCACCAACACAGAGGUUGAGAAACCAAAGCAUUGGACAUGCAACAUACCCAAAGUACUCAUGAUAGGUGGUGCAGUUGCCCUGGCUUGCACCUUUGACCAUGGAUUGUUGACAAAGGCUGUUAUAUUCGGCACCGCAAGAAGGUUUGCAGGACCAGGAAGGAGAUAGGUAGAUGAAGCCAGGCACCAUAGAGUGAUACGUGAUUAUCAUCUAGAGCUAUGUGUAGAAGUGUCGUAUACAAUCUUUUGUAGCGAAGCACAACAGAGGAUGCACAUCAAUCCUUAUCCAGUUCUUCAGAUCAGAAAUGCUCGUGUUGCAGAUAAGGUCUGGUCUGCUCGUGCUAGAUCAGUUCAGAAAAUAGAUUAUGUGCAUUCCGAAAGGGAAAAAGAAAAAGAUCUAGAGCGAAAAAGAAGUAUCUGUGAGCAGACUAGAUCAUAAUGCUGUUACUGCAGUUACUGAGGUUUAGAACUAGCUGUUUAGGUUAGAAUUAUAAUAAUAUGAGACAGUUUGAGAGUUGAGACAGGAAAACAAUUGUAUGAUGUACAUUGUAUAAGGUUCAUUUCUGAGGUGCUAUAAAAUCUAGUGCUAUUUUGUAGCUAGUAACAAGAAUUCUAGAUUUUGUCACUAA